UUCCCGGAUAUUCCUGCCCAGUUAACAAAUACAGAAGGACUUCAACCAAUACAGAAAGGACUUCAAUCUGCAUGUGAUGAAAUGACCACAAACAGUUGUUUAUGGUACUUGCACAACAUAAAAAAACUAAAUUUGCAAGGUUCUAGCUAAAACUAAGUACAAAAGCUUGUAGUUUACAAACUACAGCAGCCAAAAAAUACACAGGGUAAUCAUUUUAGUGACAAUUAAGGGAAAUGUCAAAGGUUACAAAAUCAGAAAAAUGUCAAUGGAUGCAUUCCAUAAGCAGACUAAAUAAUUGUUUAGUUGAGUUGUUGUGUUAUCAGAACAGUGACAAAUGAUUCUUCUAAAUUUAAAUGCUCACCUGUUUCCAUAUUAUAUAAUAAAUGCAAUACAGGACUCUGGAAAAUGACAAGUUAGAAACUUUUAUUUUAAAUGGGUUGAGACAUUACAUAAUGAUGGGACACAUCUACCAAUAAGAAGAAAAAGAGUCCUGUUGCCCCCACUAACCAAUGGACUUUUUGUACUAGAAAAUAUGAAACUGGUAUUGUUACUUUUUACCUGCAAAUCUAAACCUAGAUCCUUUCCAUCAACUCAAAAAGUGUUAUCAUAGAAUCAAUCACAGCUCAGCAAUUGCUUAAAAUGGUUAGUGGUUAGAGUACAGAGAGACAUUUUAAAUCCAGCUUUGCAAGCGUUAAAUCAGAUAUGAGGUGACCUUCGGCCAGUGCCCAAAACUCCUAUAAACCAUGUUUUUAUCAUGCAGCCUCAUUAUACACGUAGACGCUGUCCAGGUCACAAUGUUGUUCUUAUUUUCUGCAACCACAUGGACUUUGUUGGCUCUUAUUUUCACCAUUUUGUUACUCUUUGGAAUCUGGCCUUUUAGGAUUUUCCAAAAUAUGGGCAUAUCCGGGCCAAUGCCUAUGCCCUAUGUUGGAAAUCUCUUGCAACAAGGAAAGGGAUUUUUUGAAUUUGAUCAUGAAUGCCAGACCAAGUAUGGAGAUGUCUGGGGAGUUUUUGAAGGACGGCAACCAAUCCUAAUGGUUGCAGACCCAGAGAUUAUUAAAACAGUGAUGGUGAAAGAAUGCUACUCAGCAUUUACAAACCGCAGGAAUUUUUUUGAAGGUGACGGACCACUGACUGAAGCAGUUGCUUCUGCUAAAGAUGAAAAGUGGAAAAGAAUUCGCAGCUCAUUGUCUCCGUGCUUCACCAGUGGAAGGCUCAAACAGGUUUUCUCCAUUGUAUCUCGCUAUGCAGACCGACUUGUGGAAAAACUUGGAGAAACGUAUUUAAAUAAAGCCAUUGAUAUCAGACAAUUUGUGGCUCCAUAUACUUUGGAUGUUGUGGCCAGCGCGUCUUUUAGCGUGGAUCCAGACUGCAUAAAUAACCCAGAUGACCCUAUUAACGUUCAGGCCCAGAAAGCUACACGUUUUAAUUUUUUGCCAACAAUUCUACAAUCAAUUAUUCCCUUUGGUGGUCGUCUGCUCAAGCUCUUCAAAAUUGAAACCCUACCCUCAGCUAAUGUGGAAUUUUUCAUUGACAUCAUAAGAAAUUUAAAAGAUCAGCAUAAAACAGGUAAAAUGAAUCGACCAGACUUUCUGCAAGUGCUAAUUGAGAGUGAGAUGCCAGACGCAGAGAUAAAGAACAGUCAACAGCAGCCAAGUAAAGGUUUGACUGAAACUGAGAUCCUUUCCCAGGCUUUAGGCUUCAUAGUAGGUGGCUAUGAUACAACCAGCACUGCCCUGUCCUACAUCUUUUACUGUCUAGCCACAAACACUGAUGCAAUGCACACCUUGCAGAAAGAAAUUGAUUCAAACCUACAAAAAAACAGCUCCAUUUCAUAUGAGGACCUUAAUGGUCUGGAGUACCUGGACCAGGUUAUUAAUGAGUCAUUGCGCUUGUAUCCUGUUGCACCUCGGCUUGACAGGGAAUGCAAAAUGACUGUUGAGACCCAAGGCUUCACCGUCCCUGAAGGAAUGAUAGUUGGGAUUCCUGUGUAUCUCUUACACAAGGAUCCACGAUUUUGGAGCUCACCUGAGCUGUUCAGGCCAGAGAGAUUGUUUGGACUGUGCAGAUUCAGUAAAGAAAAUGAAGGGGAGCUGAACCCAUAUGCAUACAUGCCUUUUGGUCUGGGUCCUCGUAACUGCGUUGGGAUGCGCUUUGCUGUCCUUAUGAUGAAGAUGAUCAUUGUGCGUCUCCUGCAAAGAUACUCAGUGGAAACAUGCAAAUACACCUUGAUUCCAAUGCAGUUUAAUUGGAUGUUUCAACCAAUCAAACCUGUAAAACUGAAAUUUGUUCCUAAAUAAAGGAGAUUUGAAAAAAC